UGGCGCGUAAAAUGAGCGACAGGGUUGGCCAGAGCUCGUCCGCCCCUGCCCCUCGCGCCACGCUGGGGCAGGGGGGGGUCGACCAAACCACUCAACCACUCCAGUCGAUCAGAAAAUCAUCAAUCUCAGAUUCCCUAGGCGGUCAGAGCGUUCGGCAGCUGCUGACCGCCGGAGGUCAGUCCAGGACAACGACGAGUGUCAGCAGUGCCAACCAUCCAUCGAUCAACAUCAGCAGUGGUUUGAAUCCGAUUAAUGCCAGUGUCAGUAGUAGUAGUAGUGUUUGUGGUGAAACGAACAAAACUAUGACGCCGAUAAAUAGGACUAGUAGUAAUAUUAGUAGUAGUAGUAGCACUAGUGGUGUGUCGAAUAUCAGUGUCAGCGGCCAACACAGUCGGGGGCAGAGCCCGUUUUCGAACAGAGUGCAGGGUCUGCAGUUGGGAGGCAGGCAGGUCGGUAGCAGUGCCAGUUUGGAGUCACCGGAGAUCGCACAGAGAUUGCAAGGUAAUCCAUUAAAACGUCCAGCCCAAGACCCUGCAACCAACCUCACCAGCACAUCAACACCCAUUAGUGGCAGUUCGACACCAAGACUUCAUGCCUCCAACCAGUCUCAUGCUGUCAGUCACAGUUUGUCAUCGAAUGUGGAACCAGUGGCCAGGAAGAGAUUGAAAAUGACAUCAGAAAACGAAUGUGAUACAAAACAACAGCACCUGCCUCUCACAACACAGCAGCCUGUGCUGCUGGACUUGGAUUUGAAGUCAAAAGUCAGAUUCAUCGAGGAGCAGAAUAUGAGAUACUUGCAUAAAAUUAGAGACGAUUACAAUAAAGAUCUGAUGGAACUCUAUUACCUGACAGUGAUAGAUGGCAACAUAAUGGAUCUCUUCACCUUCUACCGAUCAUCAAAAACCCACACACAAGCCUAUCUGCAAUUUCUGGAACAGCACAGGAUCAUUUCCAAAGCUGAUGACGUCGAAUCAGGAGUAGCAGCCUCACAAUUGGCAGCUCUGAUGUCGAAUAAGAGCUCGGCGUCUUCACUUUUAAUGGAUAUUGAUAAGAAAACAUCGAUUUCCAGUGGUAAUGAUGUAUCGAGUAGAUUGAGUAGUAGCAGUAUGGAUGUGUCGUCUAUUAAUGAUGUGUCCAUGUCAUCGCAGGUUGUUCAACUUAAGACUGAUAUUUCACUAAAUUCGAGCAAUUUGCCUGACAGGCGCAUAUCCACAUCGUCACAAGCUGUUAACAAAAGUUUAUCGAGCAGUAAUCAAGAACAGAUUGCUGAAAAAGCUAAACAAGAGGCCUAUGUUGUCCAAAGGGUGGCAGAACUUCAAAAAGAAGGCCUAUGGUCUGAAAAAAGAUUGCCUAAACUUCAAGAACCCACAAGAAAUAAAGUACAUUGGGAUUAUUUAUUAGAAGAAAUGUUGUGGCUGGCGACUGAUUACGCACAGGAACGAAAAUGGAAAAAGAAAGCUGCCAAAAUGUGUGCGCGGAUGGUCCAGAAACACUUCCAAGACAAAUCUGCUCAGGCGCAAAAAGCAGAAAAAUCCGAAGAGCAGCAUCGACGACGCCUGGCAGGUUUCAUAUCAAAAGAAAUCAAAAUGUUUUGGUCAAACGCCCAGAAAAUCGUCGAAUUCAAACAAAAGACGAGGCUGGACGAGACCAGGAAGAGGGCUUUGAACCAGCAUCUCAGUUUCAUCGUCGAUCAGACGGAAAUGUAUUCAAAAUCUUUGGCCAAGGGGAUGAAUCAGAAGAAAGCUGCACAACCUUCAAAUGAGGGAGACGAUUCUAGAAAUAUCAGUGAUGAUGAAUUUGUGCCAUCAGACCAAUCCCAGAGCGACGACGAAUCCACGAUCGCCCAAGAGGAAUUGGCAGCAGCAGCAGCCGCGGCUGCAGCAGCUGCCAACGUCUCUUCUUCCCGCAGCAGUCGAAGUAAUACGGCUGCUGCUGCCUCCAAAAUAGUGGAUCCGGUGACGGAUGAAAUUGAAGCUUUGAAGAAGGAAUCGGAAUUGGAUCUGGAAGAUGUCCUGAACUCUUUGCCUAGCGAUUACUUUGCUAAAAGGGCGAAGGAGAUUGCUGGUGAAGAGGGCAGUAGGAGUGAGAGCGAGGCAGAGGAGGAGGAACAGAAAUCAGAUGACGAUUCAGAUUUCAAUGGCUCGGACAAAGAAGCAGCUGAUAUUGAAGACACAAUUGAUGCUGAAGAGAACAUCGAAAAGGAUGAAGGUGAUUUGGAUCAUAAAGCUGAAAUUGACAUGCUAAAGGAUGAUGCUGAAAUGGAUAUUGAUGAAUUAAGGAAAAAAUAUGGAAUGCCUCCAACGAUACAACAGAAAUCUCCUAGAAAAGAUAAAGAAGCAAUCAAAAAGCCAAAAGAGCCUAGUCCUGCAACGUCAGAUGAUGAAGAUAGUUUGGAUUCGAUGUCUGAAAGUUCCUUCGGAGAUGAAGAUCUUGGACUGAAAUCAAUCUUGCCCAGUGAUGAAUCUAAAGUUAAAGAAGAGGAUGAUCGUUCAGAAUCGAAUGCAGACAGAGACCAGGACGAACUAAUGGAUAAUGUAGCUGCCUUGGCUCAGAGUAUCCAGCCGAAAGGAAAUACUCUGUCAUCUACAAGUGUUGUGACACCCGUGCCAUUUUUAUUGAAGCAUUCGUUGAGAGAAUAUCAGCACAUUGGUUUAGACUGGCUGGUGACUAUGUCUGAGAGGAAAUUAAACGGUAUACUAGCUGAUGAAAUGGGUCUCGGAAAAACCAUUCAAACAAUUGCACUUCUUGCUCAUCUUGCUUGUGCUAAAGAAAACUGGGGCCCCCAUCUGAUAGUAGUACCAACAUCCGUAAUGCUGAAUUGGGAAAUGGAAAUCAAAAAAUGGUGUCCAGGUUUCAAAAUCCUCACCUACUACGGCAGCCAGAAGGAAAGGAAACUGAAAAGAUGCGGCUGGACGAAACCUGAUGCCUUUCAUGUCUGUAUAACAUCAUACAAACUAGUUGUUCAAGAUCACCAAAGUUUUAGGAGAAAAAAAUGGAAGUAUUUAAUUCUGGAUGAGGCUCAAAAUAUUAAGAAUUUCAAAUCACAGAGGUGGCAGAUGUUACUCAACUUUCAAACCCAACAGCGUCUGCUUCUAACAGGUACACCAUUACAAAAUAAUCUGAUGGAACUGUGGUCUCUGAUGCAUUUUUUAAUGCCCGAUGUCUUCCAAUCACAUAGAGAGUUCAAGGAAUGGUUUUCAAAUCCUGUGUCUGGUAUGAUUGAAGGAAACAGUGAAUACAAUGAAGGAAUUAUUCGGAGGUUACAUAAGGUUUUAAGGCCUUUUUUACUUAGAAGGUUAAAAUCAGAAGUUGAAAAACAAAUGCCUAGAAAAUUUGAACAUGUGGUUCUGUGUCGACUGUCUAAAAGGCAGAGGUUUUUGUACGAUGAUUUUAUGUGCAGAGCAAAGACGAAAGAAACACUAGCUUCAGGAAAUUUGCUGUCCGUUAUAAACGUUUUGAUGCAACUUCGGAAGGUGUGUAACCAUCCAAAUUUGUUUGAAACUAGGCCGACUAUAUCUCCGUUUCUGAUGCCUGGUUUAGUCAUCAGGAUACCCUCUUUGGUCUAUGGUGCUUUGGAAUACGAUCCAAUGAAUCAAGUCGAUCUCUGCAGCAUAAACAUGUCCCUCCUGUCCAACGAGACCACCAUAUCAGCUUUUGUAGCCCACCGAAUGUCCAGACUUUGCACUCCCAGGAAACUUAUAGAAGAGAUGCCAAUGCCAACGCAGCAGCCGGUCGAAAUAAAAGCUCCUGCUGCUCCUUACAGGCUAUUUUUUAGGGUUUUGCAGAGGGCGCACCAGGAGAGAUUAGAGAAACAAAUCGUUCAUAAUGAAACUGUUGCUGUUGGCACCAGUCCGGCUGUUAAGAUGAUCAAACAGGAUAAAGAUGAACCAAUAGACAACAGAAUACUUAGAGAAGAACACUUGUCAGGAAUUGCUGCAGCAGUAAAACUUGCAAAAAGAAAAAAUGCUGGAAAAAUUUAUCUAAAUCACAUUCGAGGAACAGUGAGAUUACAUCAGUCUUCUCCUGAUUCAUCAAACCAGUCACCGAACAACACAACUCCCAACAAUGGUUUGGCAUCAGGUUGCACAACCAGUCCAUCAGCUGUUAACAAUGGCGGUACCCCAAAUAGUAAUAAUACCAAAAAUGAACACAGUUCUGCAAUUUUAACUGCAGCUCUGGUGCAACAAGUGAGGCAGAUGAGUCCGUCCAAAAACAGUGGCAGGAGUAAGAAAAGUAAGACUAAGAGGCUUGAUGAGGAGGUUGUCAGAUCCGAGUUCUUCUUGAGUGAUAGGGAGAAUCAGAAGACAAUCCGUCGCAAAAACCGUCUAUCCUGGCUCCAUUACGUCAACAGGCGAAAAUGUCGAGCUUAUCCGGUCUAUGGAGAGGAUCUUCGUUUGGCUUUCGACACUCUGAGGUCAAACAAUCUUUAUAAAGUAGCCAUAGUCUCCAAAUCUCAUCAGGACAGGAGCAGGUCAAGAAAUAGCAGGAAGCAACGUACAGAAAGACCCACAAAUUGGCUUUGCGACGGAUAUGUUAAUUGCAUAACAGCAGUUGAUAGCAAAUUGGAUUUGACACUCAAAUCCUGGAUCAGGAGUUUUGAAGAUCGGGCCAAUGAGAUAAUUGAUUAUUGCCAAAGUUACGUCAUGUUUGUCCAGCCAGCCCUUGCCCUCAGCACCCAGGUCAUGGUGUCCCACCCAUCUCCAUCUAGACUGAAUCAAGAAAGACUCUUCGAGUCCUCUUUGACACCUCUUGCCAAAAAAUCAUUGGUGGCUCUGCAUCCAAUACAGUCAGCAGGAGCUGUCAAGUUUCCUGAGGCUCGUCUGGUGCAAUACGAUUGUGGAAAAUUGCAAAUUUUAGAUGGAUUGUUGAGGAAACUGAAGAGGGAAAGUCAUAGGGUGCUGAUCUUCACACAGAUGACCAGGAUGUUGGAUGUCUUGGAAGCAUUCUUGAACUAUCAUGGACAUGUUUAUUUGAGGCUGGAUGGUACCACUAAAGUUGAUCAGAGACAGGUUCUUAUGGAAAGAUUCAACAACGACAAGCGCAUUUUCGUUUUCAUUCUAUCAACCCGAUCAGGUGGUGUCGGUGUCAACCUUACAGGUGCGGACACCGUCAUCUUUUACGAUUCGGAUUGGAAUCCCACGAUGGACGCUCAGGCUCAGGAUCGUUGUCACAGGAUAGGACAGACCAAAGAUGUUCACAUCUACAGACUUGUCAGCGAGAAGACAAUCGAGGAGAAUAUUUUGAAAAAGGCCAACCAGAAGAGGCUGCUCGGCGAUUUGGCUAUCGAGGGCGGCAACUUUACGACUGCAUACUUCAAAUCGCAAAACACCAUUCAGGAUCUCUUUGCUGUUGACUCAACCCAGGAUGAUGCUUCUCAAAGGAUGGCAGAGAUUUUGGAGCAGAAUAAGCAGAGGAUGGAAAAACUGUCUAAGAGUGAUUCAGCUACGGGUUUGCCUUUGGAGAAGACCGCUGCAGGAGCCCUGGAGUCUGCGAUGAACCAAUGCGAGGACGACCAGGACGCGAUGGCGGCGAAAACUGCGACCGCCGAGAUGUCUGCUGAUCUGGAGGAGUUUGACGAAAGCAUUCCAAUAAAUCAAGAAAACAAUGAAGGAUUGAGCAAGGCUGAAAUUGAAGUACGGAGGCUUUUGGAACAGUUGAAUCCUUUAGAAAAAUACGCGAUGAAUUUCCUAGAACAGCACGACGGCGGUUGCUUCUCCGCGGAGCAACUGGCUUUGGCUGAAGCAGAAAUUGAGGAAAAACGUUUAGAAUGGGAAAAAAAUCGUCUGGAAGCCCUGAGACAGGAGCAGAUGGAAUUGGACAAACGGAAUGCCCAAGACGAUGAGAACUAUCAGAACUCACCCUAUUCAGCAAACGAUUUGACGUAUCCGCGAGAUGAUGCUUUGAAUCAGGUUAAUGAAACAACAAUUCUUCUAAGAUUGGUAGAAAGAGGAAUAGAAAGAACACUUGUCAGGAAUUGCUGCAGCAGUAAACUUGCAAAAAGAAAAAAUGCUGGAAAAAUUUAUCUAAAUCACAUUCGAGGAACAGUGAGAUUACAUCAGUCUUCUCCUGAUUCAUCAAACCAGUCACCGAACAACACAACUCCCAACAAUGGUUUGGCAUCAGGUUGCACAACCAGUCCAUCAGCUGUUAACAAUGGCGGUACCCCAAAUAGUAAUAAUACCAAAAAUGAACACAGUUCUGCAAUUUUAACUGCAGCUCUGGUGCAACAAGUGAGGCAGAUGAGUCCGUCCAAAAACAGUGGCAGGAGUAAGAAAAGUAAGACUAAGAGGCUUGAUGAGGAGGUUGUCAGAUCCGAGUUCUUCUUGAGUGAUAGGGAGAAUCAGAAGACAAUCCGUCGCAAAAACCGUCUAUCCUGGCUCCAUUACGUCAACAGGCGAAAAUGUCGAGCUUAUCCGGUCUAUGGAGAGGAUCUUCGUUUGGCUUUUGACACUCUGAGGUCAAACAAUCUUUAUAAAGUAGCCAUAGUCUCCAAAUCUCAUCAGGACAGGAGCAGGUCAAGAAAUAGCAGGAAGCAACGUACAGAAAGACCCACAAAUUGGCUUUGCGACGGAUAUGUUAAUUGCAUAACAGCAGUUGAUAGCAAAUUGGAUUUGACACUCAAAUCCUGGAUCAGGAGUUUUGAAGAUCGGGCCAAUGAGAUAAUUGAUUAUUGCCAAAGCUACGUCAUGUUUGUCCAGCCAGCCCUUGCCCUCAGCACCCAGGUCAUGGUGUCCCACCCAUCUCCAUCUAGACUGAAUCAAGAAAGACUCUUCGAAUCUUCUUUGACACCUCUUGCCAAAAAAUCAUUAGUGGCUCUGCAUCCGAUACAGUCAGCAGGAGCUGUCAAGUUUCCUGAGGCUCGUCUGGUGCAAUACGAUUGCGGAAAAUUACAAAUUUUAGAUGGAUUGUUGAGGAAACUGAAGAGGGAAAGUCAUAGGGUGCUAAUCUUCACACAGAUGACCAGGAUGUUGGAUGUCUUGGAAGCAUUCUUGAACUAUCAUGGACAUGUUUAUUUGAGGCUAGAUGGUACCACUAAAGUUGAUCAGAGACAGGUUCUUAUGGAAAGAUUUAACAACGACAAGCGCAUUUUCGUUUUUAUUCUAUCAACCCGAUCAGGUGGUGUCGGUGUCAACCUUACAGGUGCGGACACCGUCAUCUUUUACGAUUCGGAUUGGAAUCCCACGAUGGACGCUCAGGCUCAGGAUCGUUGUCACAGGAUAGGACAGACUAAGGAUGUUCACAUUUACAGACUUGUCAGCGAGAAGACAAUUGAGGAGAAUAUUUUGAAGAAGGCUAACCAGAAGAGGCUGCUCGGCGAUUUGGCUAUCGAGGGCGGCAACUUUACGACUGCAUACUUCAAAUCGCAAAACACCAUUCAGGAUCUUUUUGCUGUUGACUCAACCCAGGAUGAUGCUUCUCAAAGGAUGGCAGAGAUUUUGGAGCAGAAUAAGCAGAGGAUGGAAAAACUGUCUAAGAGUGAUUCAGCUACGGGUUUGCCUUUGGAGAAGACUGCUGCAGGAGCCCUGGAAUCUGCAAUGAACCAAUGCGAGGACGACCAGGACGCGAUGGCGGCGAAAACUGCGACCGCCGAGAUGUCUGCUGAUCUGGAGGAGUUUGACGAAAGCAUUCCAAUAAAUCAAGAAAACAAUGAAGGAUUGAGCAAGGCUGAAAUUGAAGUACGGAGGCUUUUGGAACAGUUGAAUCCUUUAGAAAAAUACGCGAUGAAUUUCCUAGAACAGCACGACGGCGGUUGCUUCUCCGCGGAGCAACUGGCUUUGGCUGAAGCAGAAAUUGAGGAAAAACGUUUAGAAUGGGAAAAGAAUCGUCUGGAAGCCCUGAGACAGGAGCAGAUGGAAUUGGACAAACGGAAUGCCCAAGACGAUGAGAACUAUCAGAACUCACCCUAUUCAGCAAACGAUUUGACGUAUCCGCGAGAUGAUGCUUUGAAUCAGGAAUGGAUCGAUGAAAAGACUUUGGCUCAAAUGCCGCUCUGGUGUCCACCGACACCUCCCCAAGGCGAAGGCGACAUUUACAUAGACGCCAAUCUCCAACUACUGUACGACACCACUGAAAUAAUGACAGAAGCCCAACUGCCACCAGUUUAUCAACCUCCAAUGCAGCACCAAACACAGCAGCACAGGAGCAACUCCAGUAUUGGGAGUGGAACUAGUGGUACAAACAAGAGGAAGAUUGGAUCAAGUGGUCAAGCAAGUUCUAGUGGACAACUUGGCGGACAUGGAGAAGGUCGUCGUCCAACUAAAUACCAACGCUUUAUGGCGUCAGCUUCCAACAGACAGGAUCAUGUGUCUUCUGCUUCAGGUCUUGAUCAUCAUCAGAAUUUGAUGAUGCAUCAUUUCCAUCAUGCUACUGAUGGAUUAGCAGCUCCUAGCAAAUAUCCGAGGAGUUUGUUCACGAAACCGGUUUCGGCAUCUUCUGCAGCCACCAGGGCGAAACGGGAUGCCAAGUUGAGGUAUCAGCAAUAUCAGCAACAUGUUGCUGCUGUUAAUUCUGGACAGAGAGGGUUGCAUAAAGGCAAUAAGCAUAUGAUGCAAGCAGAAUCUGAUGUGAUUUUGGAAUGGUUGAUUCAUGAAGAUUGGGCUUUGAUACAGGCUAUAACUAAAUAUCAAGGACUUCCUUUACUUCUGGAACCGAGUGCCCCAGGCCACACAGUAAAUUGGGAUUUGGUGUCAGACAUGGUGAAUGCUGUUUCCAGGAUAUACAGAUCAACCAAACAGUGCCGUUUGCGUUAUGAAAACGUCAUUGUUCCAAGAGAAUUAGGUAUUUACCAACCAUUGCAGCAAUUGAAUAGCAAUGCAGGAAAUGCAGCAGCACAAGCACAAGGAGCAGGCAACAAGCGCUUUAAGAAGAAUGGAGCACCAGCUGCAAGUGGUAGAGGGACUCCAACGUCGGGCGGUUCAGCUCGAGCUCGUGCAGGUGCCAACCAGGCUCUUCUAGGCAAUUUGAAUCCACAGCCCCGCACAGAGCAGCUGAUUGCACAGGAUAAUGGUGCGGCCUUUGCAAGACUUCGCAGAUUGAGGAUUGAAAAUAUAAAGGCAGUGACUGCUAGAAAACAGCAGAGUGCUGCUGGACAUGCAGCUGCUGGUAGACAACAAGGCACAAAUACAGCGAGUGGGAAUAGUAAACAUGCUCUUGUUUUUCAAGAUUUUGGUAUUAACUAUGAUAUGCCUUUAAAACCUGAAGAGGUAGCUCAACGUCGUGCAGAGCGUAUCGCCAAGGAGAAGCAGAAACAGCAAUCAACUUUGAUACAACAACAACAAUUUCAACAACAGCAGCAGCAGCAACAGCACAAUCCACCGCAGGUUCAACAAGCCCUGCAGCAAUCUGUACAGCAACAGUCUACGGUGCAGCAGCAACAAGUGAAGACACAGGAAGGAAUAAAAUACUUGCAACAGAAACCUGAUGGUACCAGCGUGGCUGUGAAGCAGCAGAGUAUUUCUUUGGCGAAUGCUCCGAUAAUAAUACAGCAGACAGGGACAGCUGGAGGAACAGUAGUUGUUUCACAACAGCAAUUGCAACAAGCAGCUGCUGGUGGAGGCGUUUUGGUUGCUUCUGGGCUCCGAGCUCAGAGGAUAGUUACUCCGAGCAGUCUCCAAGAAGCACUUCGCCAGCGUGUCUUGUCUUCCUCGCAGCAACAAGCUACUAUUGCUGCCGGCAGUAGUUCAGGUGGCGUCGUCACAGUUGGCGGUACAGCUAUUUCAGGAGGCGUUUCGACUGCUGGUGGAAUCACGCAGGCGCAGCUGCAGGCGAGAUUGCAUGGACAGCUGGCGCAACAGACUGUGGCUGUCGUUAGUAAAUGUGUGACUGGUGUUCCAACUUCAACUGUGACCCAGCAAGUAGGCGUAGGACAGCAGCAGCAGACGGUGGGUGUGACAAGAAGUGUGACGCCUGCGCAGUUGCUUCUGUAUAAGCAGAGGGCUCUUGCGCAGCAUGUGCAGCAGCAACAGCAGCAGAGACCACAUUUAUUACAUGCUGUUCAAGGAAGUCCUCAGAUCAUUGCAUCACUUACUGGUAAUGCUCAAGCUGGACAGAAAGUGUCUAUUGCUUCGUUUUCAUCUCUUGGAGCAAUAACUGUGGCACAGCCUGGCAGGGCACAGGUUGUAAAGCAACUAGCACCAGGUAAGCAGUCGGUAACAAGACAGUUGACAGAAGCAGACGUUACUGCUUUGCUGCUCAAGAAGCAAAUGCAGCAGCAGCAACAGCUUAAGAAUGCUGCUGCGGCAGGCACUAAAGCCAACGUGACAGCAAACAUAGCCCUCCAGCAAUCUGCAGUGUCCUCCACCAACACUGCUGCUGCUGCCGUGGUUGGCGGAAGUACAUCAGCCGCCCUGACAGCUGCAGGAGGAACUGCUGUCAGAGCUACUGCGCAGCAGUUUAGACAAUUGCAGCAGCAGAUGGCGGCGCUGCAGCGGUCGAGGCAACAGCAGCAAGGGAAGCAGCAGCUGCAGCAGCAGUUACAGCAACACCAACAGGUGGUGAGCAAAGCAGGUGGAACAACAACAGUCCCAGCUCAGUUAGUUCUGCAGCAGGCACCGCGAUUGGCAGGAACUCAACAUGUCGUAAGUCAUCAGGUGAUUGGAAGAGUUUCAGGUGGAACACCUUUGAUUUUAGGCAAAGUUAACCAGGGAGUGGCUCGGGCUCAGGGCAGACAGACAAUUCAGGUUGUAAAUGCUACUACAAGUGGUCUAAGAGCAGCAGGAUCAUUAUCGCAGCAGCAAGGUUUAAGGCAUACUUUACAAUUCGCUCAGAUUCCUGGACAUAUAACAACACAAGUAAAUGCAUCCCCGAGAGCUCAGACACCAACUACACAGCAGCAGGCACAACAACAACAGCAACAGCAACAGAAUCAGCCAAAAUAAUUAACAACAAGCUUUAACUAGGACAAAAUAAAUAUAUAUAUGAAUUAUGAAAAAAUGAAAUUCUGCAAAUUAUUAACUACAAAUUGGUUUUGGAAAAACUGAAAAUUGGAGACUAUUUUUUAUCGAUAUCAUGUUAUGUACUAUUAUGAAAAAACAU